AACAUCUUCAAGAAACUUAAAGAAGUCCAGUCGCCGUUAUUUCAAGCUCCGGAGACUAUUAGUAUUUUACACUUGUUCUUUAUAGAGUUAUCAAAAAAGAAGGAAGUUCAAGAUGGAAAAAAGCAAAGUAGGAAAAUUGCGUGUCCCAGGGCUGGUCUUCCUGCAUCCUCUCCUCCAGGAAUUCUGAUAAAAGGCGAGGAGGACGGUCGCUCUGAGGCUGGAGAGUGUCCCAUCAGAUCCCAUCAGCCAUGGCUCUCACUAUUUUGUCCAUCUUGAUUGCUACCCUCACUGUGGCCUACUGCUAUCCAACUGCCUUUCAGGACCUGGAGGAAAGUCGCAGCAACAGAACCUCCAUUAAGUUUCUGGCUGUGGGUGACUGGGGUGGAGUGCCUUAUCCCCCCUACAUCACUGCUGUGCAGAAGGCUACGGCUCGAGAAAUGAGCAAAAUAGCAGACCAGAUGGGAGCUGAUUUUGUUCUCGCUCUGGGCGAUAACUUCUACUACACAGGUGUAAACACUGUGGAUUCGCCUCGGUUUCAGGAAACCUUUGAAUCUGUGUACACUGAAAAGUCUCUCCAAAUUCCUUGGUAUGUGAUUGCUGGCAAUCAUGACCAUGCAGGGAAUGUCAAAGCCCAGAUCGAUUACAGCAGUAGAUCUAACAGAUGGAAAUUCCCCGCUUACUACUAUGAGCUGAAUUUCCGCAUUCCUAACACCGGGAAGACUUUGACCAUCAUCAUGCUUGACACUGUGAUGCUUUGUGGUAACUCUGAUGACAAUUCAGACAAGAAGCCAAGCGGACCCCUGAAUGAAAUGGAUGCCAAUCGCCAAUUAACUUGGCUGCAAGAGAGACUGGCUCUUUCCAAGGCAGACUUCCUGUUGGUGGCGGGCCACUACCCUGUGUGGUCUGUGUCCGAGCACGGGCCCACAAAGUGUCUAGUGCAGAGCCUCCGUCCUCUGCUCAUUAAAUACAAGGCCACUGCUUACCUCUGCGGUCAUGACCACAACCUGCAGUACUUAGAAGAGUCUGAUGUGGGCUAUGUGGUGAGUGGUGCUGGAAAUUUCCUGGAUCCUGAUGUCACUCACUGGCACCAUGUUCCCAAAGGCUCUCUGAAGUUUUUCACCGGCCAGGCUUCAACACUGGGAGGAUUCAUGCAUGCAGAAGUGACACAGAACAAGAUGAUUGUGACCUUCUACCAGGCUAAAGGCACUUCUCUCUAUCGCACUGUUCUCUCCCAAAGGGAUCUUAAUUAGAUGGACAUGCAGGUGCAGGCACAGUUAUAAUAUAUAUAUAUAUAUAUUUUACACUACACACAUACUAUAUUUUUUCAUAUAUCUAAUAUAAAUAAAUACAGUAUGAGUGUAGUGUGAAAUCAAGCAAUGAGUCUUGAUCUCUCUUUUUUUUCUUAAAUCUUGGCAUUAAGUUCAAAGCAUUUUGAUGUUUUUAAAACAAUCAGCUGGUUUUAAAUGUGACUUUAUGGUACUGUAAAAUAAACUGGGUUUUUUUGUUUGUUUUUUAAGAAAUGUGUCUCGUCAGCUUGUGUCAGCUUGUGACUGUAGUCUUGUGACUUUUGUGUCUUUUCGCUUCACUUGAUAAGAUGAAUUUGCUCUGUCCUGAACUUUUGAAAAUGUGGUUGUAGUGCUUGAAUGUGUUAUUCUGCAAGUGCAUCUUGAAAAUGGUCGUUUUAUUCACUUUUUUUUUUUUUUUUUUUUUU